CCCGAGUCACGAUGGUAACCGCACCGACUUUCAUGACGAUCAAACCGUAUUCACCCGGUUGAUGUCAAUGGACUGACCCUUGCCAAAUGAGAUGCUGCUGAAAGAUCUCCCACGGGAGGCGCUGCUGCGGCCGCUGACCAGGAAUGAGGUGUUUGGAAUGCUGCUAAGGUUGACCAUCUUUGGCGCUGCCACAUACUACAGUAUCAAAUGGGUCAUGGAAGCCAUGGACCCAACUCAGAAGCAGAAAAACCUGGCCAAGAAAAAGGCAGAGCUGCUGAUGAAAAGGAUUGGUGUGGAGGGAGUCAAACUCACAGAGUAUGAGAUGAACAUCGCGUCACUCCUAGUGGACCCACGAUCAAUAAAGGUGACCUGGAGGGACGUAGCAGGGCUGGACGAGGUCAUCUAUGAGCUGCAGGACACAGUCAUCCUCCCGUUCCAGAAGAGACACCUCCUGGCUGGAUCCAAGCUCUUCCAGCCACCUAAAGGCGUGCUUUUGUUUGGCCCACCGGGGUGCGGAAAGACUCUGAUCGCCAAGGCAACAGCCAAAGCUUCCGGUUGUCAGUUCAUCAACCUGCAGCCAUCCACGCUGACGGACAAGUGGUACGGCGAAUCACAGAAGCUGACGGCUGCCGUCUUCUCAUUGGCGGUGAAAAUCCAGCCCUGCAUCAUCUUCAUCGAUGAGAUCGACUCCUUCCUGAGGAACCGCUCAAGCCUGGACCACGAGGCCACAGCCAUGAUGAAGGCCCAGUUCAUGAGCCUGUGGGACGGCCUGGACACUGCUGCCACCAGCCAGGUGAUGGUGAUGGGGGCGACCAACAGGCCCCAAGAUGUGGACCCAGCAAUCCUGCGUCGCAUGCCCACCACCUUUCAUGUUGGCUUGCCUAAAACAAGAGAGAGACAAGAGAUCCUGAAGCUCAUCUUGGCGGGAGAGAACCUGAGCAACGCCAUCAACCUGAAGGAGGUCGCUGAGAAGACGGACGGCUUCUCGGGCAGUGACCUGCGCGAGCUGUGUCGCGACGCGGCCAUGUACCGCGUCAGGGACUACGUCCGCAAGGAGCAGAUGAGGCAGAUCGCCCAGCAGAUGCAGGACCAGGAGGAGGAGCGGCCUUUGGACGAGGAUCACCUGCGUCCCAUCACCCAGCUGGACCUCCUCUUCGGCCUGGACAAGAUGAGGGAGUCCAAGCAGGCUACAACUAUCAUGGGGUCCGGCAUUGCAGACGUGCCGCUGGACUAAAACGGGCAUGUGUGGGUGUGUUUAUGACUCAAUGUGCGUCUGUGUGCGGUGUGGGUGGGGGAUCUUGCCUCAUUUAUCCACCGUCAAUGUUCUGUUUGGCCAUGUGUCUUCCUUUAGUAUCGUUUAUUUAAGCAUGGCUCUCCAUGGCAAGGGCUGCCAGGGGUCCUUUUUAAUCGUAGACGUUGUGUUCCUCUGUGCUCUUGAGCACUGUGCUGCGUUCUUGGCGGACCUCGAUGAUGGACGAUGUGAUAAACGGCGCCCGAGGAACAGAAGGCACUAGCAAGAUAGUAUUCUGAACUGGCCAUCCCUUGCACUCACACUACCCAGAAUGCACUUGUCUGACUCGGGACUUGUCGCGUUUUUUAUCUACUCGGUGUUACCUCGCGGUCGGGGGGGAAGGAUCUCCUAUACAUCCCUGACUCGCUUUAUCUAUGUUGGAUAGAAUCCCUGCAGAUAAGGACGUUCAAGUUGCAAAGGCUGUUGUGUUUUGUUCGUCCCCCAGCUAGAAUUUUUAAGCGAUCCAAAACUCUCUGUUCCCUUCAGUGUAUACAGCACACCACAGCUAGUGUCACUUUAAAGCUUUUUUAUUUUAUUUUUGUUGUUCUUCCAGAACGGGCGACCUUCCGCUUGUGUCCCAUUGACUCGAGCAGCAUAUUGUGUCAAUGUAAGGAAAUGGAGUAUUGUAAUAUCUGACAGGCGUUCACCCUGGGAUCCAAACGGUUCUUGGGAGGGUUUAAUACUGCGCUUUAAUUCGUGGCGCUGCCCGGAUUGAUCCAGGAAUUAGAGUGCAGCAGGCAGACAUUGCUGCUUUUCUUUGGUUAAACUUGUCCCAGUGCACGUCGACUGACGCGGUAUCAGCAUGUUGCCCUGGCGACACUGUUCCUCUGACGACCUCCUGGGUGCUGCUCGGUUUCAACCUUGUUUGAAACAAACAAACACCCCUGGACUUAGCCUGUACAGGGACCUUCCUUAAGCGUGUUUUGGAUUCAUUUUAGUGUAUGCCCUACAUUAUGGGCACCAUGAUGAAUGUCGUUGAGAUAUCACUAGCUGUAUCAUAUCAUACUUUAGCAUAAGAACCUUUCACUGUUGUAUUUGCACCAUCACGUCUUCACAGCUGUGAGACGAUGAGGCUUGGUUUGUGUAGCUGUUUGUGUGGUUGUUUGCAUGACUGUUUGUGGGGAAAAAGCUUUUUAUUGUUGUAUCUAUGAGGCCAAAACCUGGGAUCUUCUGGGUGAUUGUUGGAUGUUAUUAUUUUAUGUUUUUACAAACACGCACACGUUAACAAGUGUCUGCUGAAAUAUGUUUUAAAUGAUUUACACUUUGAUAGUGAUUCAGAUUUUUUUAUUCACAUAGAAUUAACAAUAAUAUUCUGCAUACUAUUUUAUGCCAUGAUGGUUACCAUGUGUACUUCAUUUCUACCUGCUUGCUAUGGACACACACACACACACACACACACACACACACACACACACACACACACGCGACACCAGCGAAAUGUAAAUUAAUACUUCCAUCACAAACUGUAAAACAGAAAUUUCAAGAGAACAAAACAUUCCUUGCAUAUCUAAUCAAUCUAUAGUAUUCUAUAUUCUAUAGUCACUAUGGAGUCUACAUGUAUAUACAGACGAAAAUGAAAUAUCUGCAGUAUGUUUCAGUAGCCAUGCAGUUGCACCUUGUCUAUGGAUCUAUGACCUCUCUGAUGGAGCCAACUGUUUCCCUCCAUUAUCUGAAGGGUCUGUUGUACAGCAUCUGCUCUCCCUCGUAGACAGCCCAGUAGGCCACAGGGGGGCGCUGUGUCCCCAUGCUCUGAACGAUCACACGGUUUUAGCUCAGAAUUCCUAAGAUUUAAGCAGUUUUUGGGUCUGAAAGGGAAUUAAAUGCACAUUAUAAGGAUUGUUUGGUCAAAAUCCUGAGCAAAUAUAUUUAUUAGGGCUGCAUUUCAAGCAACUAUAUCAACUUCAACUGGGGAUUUUUAUUUUCCGCAUUUGGUUAAUUGAUUCAUAAUUGUCAUUUAAAGAUCAAUAAUGUCGAAGUCCAUUAUAAAUUAUUCAGAAAUUAAGCUUAGGAUGAGGAGCAAGAGUUUUGUCAAUGACUCAUCGACUAUCUAAAUUCUAAUUAACUGAUUACUUUUACUAAUUGUUGCAGCAGUAAUAAACACCAGUUGUCCUUCAGAUCUGCUCACCAGCAUCUUGUCAGACCUCAUGGUCUUGGUUUCACACACCCCUGCCUCAACAUUGACCUUUGUUGUGGUUAUCAGUGUGUGGCUUUCACCACACGGUAAUGACAUUAAGUUAAAUCGAAGGUUGUGUCACACUCACAUCAGUGACCAAAGGGUAAAACUUCUCCAAGCCUUCACUGGUCUUCUCUUCUGUUAUGUAUAAUAUGACAAACAUGUAUUGCAGAAUAUAAUAAAGGCUUUCUUGCUCUGUAUAUUUAAA